UUGCAGUUUCGAUGCACUGGGAAGUGGGGAAAUGUUUGAUGCCAGUGCACUGGUUCAGUGCAUUACUCGCCGCCGAUACAGUGUGCUUCCAGUUCAACAUUUCCACUCCAUGACGCACAGGAUAAAAUCUGUCCGGAUAAUUUCACUUCGAGCUGCUGAAGAAAGUUGUAUCCCACGUCGCUGGUAGUUUCCAGACAAAAGAUGGAUUUAUCUGGAAGGCGGGGGACCCCGCAGCAGAGAAAUUAUCGGCAUUUUGUGUAUGACAUUCCCGCCAAAGUUAUGGAAGAGUUUUAUAUGGUGAUGGAUGCUCUGGCGCCUGGAGACUGGCGUCGGUUUGGCUCUCGUAUCAUAAGCGAUCAGACCGAACUAAGGAACAUUGAAUUAUUUGGACGAAAGUCAAACAGCAAGACACGAGAGCUGAUGUGGGUGUGGGGAAUGAAACAAGCCACCGUCCAACAGCUUCUGGACAUCCUGAAUGAGCUGCAGCUGUACAGAGCCACCUCUGUCAUUAUGCCAGGGAAGUCUGAAGAUUUGUUCACUGUUCAGCCCGUUUCCUCCCACCUACCUGUGCCAGAAACGCCCGAGUUAUUUCAGCCCUUGGCUUUGUCUGGUGCUUCGCUGGAUUGUAUGGCCAACAUGGCCUCAGAAAUCUGUGUACACAAGCUUAAUCCAUUACCUGGACCAGCAACUUCUCCAAAUUAUUUGAACACCAACUCAAGUUGCGCCAAAAUCAAUAUAUCAUCAGGGAUGAAUGACAUUGGCAACAGGCCCUGCCAGGAAACUAGUCAACCUCCUGGGUUACUCGGUGGCAUGUGGUCCUUGCUGGAUUUGAAAAAUGCCACAGAUAAUUUCAAUGAGAGGUAUAAGGUUGGCCAAGGUACAUUUGGCAAUGUCUACAAAGUCAACCAGUUCAAUACUGAAUAUGCCGUAAAACUGCUAAAUAAGUUCGAAGAUGCCAACUUGAAAAUCACAGGGGAAUUUUUUUGCAGAGAGGUGGAGACUCUCUUCCAGUAUCGACACUCUAAUAUUAUGGCGCUAGAAGGCUACUGUGCCGAAAAUAAUUCCUAUUGCCUUAUUUAUCAGUAUAUGCCGAACGGCUCCCUUGAAAACAAGCUUCAGUGCAAGAAUCCUGCUGAUGCAAUGUUAUGGGAAACGCGUCUUAAGAUUGCAGUUGGAACGGCGAGAGCGAUACAAUACUUGCAUCAUUGUGAUGCGCCUCUAAUACAUGGAAAUAUAAAAAGUUCAAAUAUUCUGCUAGAUGAAUAUUUCACACCAAAACUGGGCGACUUUGGAUUGGUGAAGAUUGGCCCUCUUAGAGCAGAUGCUCAUCAAAUCAACGGCCACACCACACUAAAUACCACGACUUUACAGGGUCCUCUAGCCUAUUUACCAGAUGAGUUCAUACGACACAGGUGUCUGUCAGAAAAAGUUGACACCUUUAGUUUUGGAAUAGUUCUUUCUGAAAUUCUGACUGGUAUGAAAGCAGUGGAUGAGGGCAGACAACCAGCAUUACUGAAAGAUCUCAUGUUGGGAGAGCUGGAGCUGGAGACAGAUACAGAGAAAACAGCAAAUAAAAUUUGUCAGAAGUAUCUGGAUAGAAACGGUGAUCUACUUUCUCUUAGUUUUGCAAUUAAGUUUGCUGUAAUUGCCUGUCUGUGCAUCAAAAAGAAGAAACUCAAGAUGAAUGAGGUUUAUUCUAUGCUGGAGCAACUUGACCAUGACCUUAAACACUGUGAUAUGCACAGCUCUCCUGGGGAGACAGAAAACGUUGCUUGCAAGCUAUAUCGAUUGGCCUUAUGUCCACGGGAAAAUACAGAGAUCCUUUCCCCUUUCCUAGAUCCCAUUAAUGACAUAAAGUCUUUACGACCGCAGAGCGCAACUAAUUUCAAAGACUUACAACGAAACUCUGAACCUGAUGCAAAAUUGCUUCAAUUACCAUGCGAAUCUGACGAGUCAGAUAUAUUUUGUUACCACCAUGACCUAUUGUCUUGCAAAUUAUGCAAGGUUAAGAUAAAGAGUGUUUGCAGUGAUUACAGCUCUUGUUCUAACAGAACUGAAGAUAAUUCAAAAACCAAUACACAUGAUUGCAAAUCCAACCUGGAUCCUAUAGAAACCGAAAGUACUUUCUUUCAAGAAUUAUCUCACUCAAGUAGCAGAGUCUCAAAGAGUAAUGUUCCAAGUGACUAUUCUAGUACUGCAUCAAAUGGUGUUUGUGAAUUUCCUGCAUAUCCAAAAGAUAGUACAGCAUAUCAUUUCAACCACAUGGGAGCCAACUACAACGAUUGUUCAAAGAGUUACUGUUGCAAUUCUGAUAUUUCCCCUAUGUUGUCUCUUCAAAGAAGCGACAGGGUGACAAACAAUUCGGGAUUUGAGAACACAACCCCGUCAAGAGAUCCUUCUCAACAGAGCUUUGACAUCAAUGAGCUAAAUGAUGAAGUAUGUGCAUUUGAGCACUCUCUGGAACAUUUUCCGGGAUUGUCCAAUGGUACGAGUCCAGUAGUUUUUUCUUCCUCAAAUAUUAAGAUUUGUCCACACAAAAAGAAACUGCUAGAUAAAAUACAUUUGUAUGAAGAAGGAAGAAUCGAUAGUGCUGAGCUCUUCUCAACAACUUUUGUAACAGAGGAAUGAAUCGGAUUGCUGCACUACAGAAAACAAGUGGCAAUAUAGAAACCACAAAACUUACUGGAAAUUUAUGCACUCAAGCCAGAAGAAGGGUGAAGGCACUGUUUUCAAUGUAUCCAAAGGUUGUGUCUAUGUGCUUCAAUGACUACUAAUACUUUGUUCAUUUUCACAUUUAAAGGAUCGUUAUUUCCACAUGAUGCAAACUAUCAUUUUAAGACAAAAUUACUUCCAUUGAUCUGCCCAUUAAAAUGACACUCAGAAAACACUCUAAAAAAUGUGUUGUGUUGCUUUGCUGACUGAAUUUUCUUCGCAGAUUUUGGAGCAUCCUCAAUAUCAGAAGCAUCAUCAUUAGCAAUAGUCCUAAAAGAGUGAAACUUCUUAUAUUUAGCAAUUAAUUCCUCUAAAUUGAUGCCACUAAACUUGAAAAAUAGGGUAACAAUACUAUCGCUAGCCCUUUAAAAACCCCAUACAUUUUUUAAUAAUUGAUAAUGUAAUCUGGACUUCCAAUUUUAAAAGUUCAAGACAAUCACUUAUGGAAUAUAAAACUCAGUUGUUAAUGCCAUUAAGUAAAUGUUCUCUUGUUUUAAUAAUAUUUUUUAAUGUAGUUCCAUUAAAAUAUUUUGGUAUGCUUCAUUAAGCAUCAAAGAAUAUCUAAAGUCUGGAAUCACAAAAAAACUUUGAAAAUAUCAAUUUUUUAAUUUCUAGCUUUCUAGAAAUGGUAGCUUUUAACAAAAUGCACAAACUUCACUUUAAGUUGACAACCUAAUUAUUACUCAUGCAACCUAUCCACAGAUUGAUUUAGACACCUAAAUAUUUUUUCUGGUGCCAUAAAAUCAAAUUUGCUACAAUUAAUGUACAUUCUGAAGGAAUUAUAAACUUGUGUCUUGAUUUCAGAUGACACAUGAAAACCCAGUUUUAUUGCUAUUGAUUUCAAGCCCUAUUUUAGAACAAUCUUUUUCAAUUAAUUUUCAGAUUUUCCAACAUAUCCUUCUGAGAAUCACUGGGAAAAACUAGGAUAGAUAUAUAGUCCUAGUUUUGACAGUUAAUAGAAAGUUAUUCCAACAGUUAUUAGAAAGGAAAACAGGAAGGGGCGUUCUCACAAAAUGGGAUCCACUUGAGUGAAGAAAAAAAAAAAAUUCUGUAUAUUUGGUAAAUAUUUCUCAAAUAAUUGUUCCUUAUUGACAAUUAUAUUGCAAAAUCUGAAUCAAAUUUGCUUCCAAAAACCAUUUACAAAACUAGUAUGUUUUUUCUUAUCGUUAACAAAGAUGCUACAAAUAAGCUUAGUUUUAUUACUAACCUGCCACUGUGGCAGCCACAGCACUACACAGUAGGUUUCUGUUAUGGGAAUAGCGCUAUCCAAAGAUCCUAGAGGAGCAAGAUAGACCACUCCUCCGAAAUCCAAUGGACUGACGUGUAGUACGUGACGGAACGUCACGGCCGCCAUUUUUUAAUGCGACACGCGACUUCCGGUAUGCCACCCGCUGUGAUCCAAAGCAAAGAUUAUAGAGCUCCGCUAUAAUCUUUGAUCCAAAGCAAAGAUCCUUGAGUAUCUUGUAGCGGGAACAGCCCCCUCCUUUGCGUAGUUUCCCUUGCAUUGUAUUGUGCAGUUUCCCUUGUAUUGCUUUAACACACACUGCACAAAAUUAAAUUUAACGUAUACAUAUUUUAUAUAUUUAUAUGAAUGUGUGUCUGUGUGUGAGAGGCAAGUUAGAGAUAAUUAAGUUUAUUCUCAUGGAUCAGAAGCAACUUUGAUUUAAAUAAUCACUAUUAAUUUAUUUGUCUUGUAAGAUGAUAUACAUAAACCAUAAAGGCAAU